CCAGGAUCCAGCCAGGAGAGCAGACGCUCUGAGAACAGGAAGCUCAGGCAUUUAUAGGGUUUGUCUCCAGAAUGGGUCCUCUUGUGUCGAGUCAGGUGUGAGCUCCGAUUGAAUCUUCUCCCGCAAUCAAGGCAUUUAUAGGGUCUCUCUCCUGUGUGGAGUCGCUGCCUCGUGAUGCUGUCCCUGUUCUCCGGCACAGAGAGCGAAAGAGAGAGGCUCGUGCGUGCCAGCCAGUCCCUGCUCGACUCCCUGGAAGGAUGCAUCUCGGGCACCCACGCUCUGCUCCGCAUCCUCAACCAGCACCUUGACACCAGCGUGUCCCUGGAACCGGUGGGGGGCAGCGUCGGCGUGGGGGAGAGCCUGGAGCGCCUGCUGCAGGCGGCGUGGGAGAUGCACGCCGCAGCAGAGCAGACAGACAGACACAUGCGGAAGAACACCAGCCGGGACCUGUACUCCCGCAUGUCCUCCCCCCACACCUCACUGCAGGAGAAGGGGGCCAUCGUCCGGGACUUCCACCAGGCCACCAUGGGGAUCUUCGGCAGCGUGGGUGGCCCCAUGGUGGCCGUGCUACUGCAAAACGCCGGCCUCCCGGAGCGGCUGGAGGUGGCUCUGCGGGAGUUGGAGGCCUCUCCGGUCCUGCACCUGCCGAUGGAUGCCCUGCGCCAGAGCAGCGAGGAGAUUGCCAGGGCUGUGUCCACUUGUGCCACCCCUGGGGGCCCAACUGUAGAAACGGCUGCAGAGCCCCCAGAGAAUGGCCCCUUCUCUGGGACCGGCGUGGUGCAGAGUCUGGGCGAAUACCUGCCCGAUGUCGUCACGGGGCGUCGUGCUAGGAACGCCCUGGCAGCGGCCGCUGGGCACCUGGAGGAGGCGCUUCAGGCACUGGCACCGGCCUGCAAGUCUUUCCAGUUGGCGGCUGCCGCGGCUGAGGUCUACAUGGCCCUGAUCAUGGAGCAGCAGCCGGGAACGGGCGAGGGGCCGGGCGAGAAUCCUGCCGGUGUCACCCAUUGACCCGCACAGACAGGGCCGUGACAGCGCCCCCUCGCCGCAGCUCACACACGGGCAGGCUUUGCCCCUGGCUCUGCGCUGGUUAACGAGCCCGGCAGAGCCCAGCAUGUGGGGCUGGCAGCCUGGAACCGCAGCUAAUAAAGGGAACUGAGCAAAAUG